CAAAACCAUUAUACGGCACUCCGCCUCUACCAGUAGAAGUGCUGACUGUGAUCCUCUCGUUCCUCCUGCUCACAUCGGCGCGCGCACUCACUCUGCUCUCUCGUGACUUUCUCUCAGCCGCCCAGGCCGUGUUAUACGGCAACCUCCACAUGACCGGUAUGCAGAACCCCGACGCGCUAUAGGUAUUCCUCAUCACACGACGAGACCUCACAUCACUCACACACACCCUGCGCGUCCCUGUAUGGCCAUCACCCCAGGCCCGGAUGUACCUUAUACCACGUGUCCUCGCUCGCACGGACAACCUCCACUCCCUUCCUUUGAUCUCCACAUCGCGCGGCACUACUCUGCAUUUGAUCUCUGCCAUAUCGUCUUAUUGCGGUUUCCAUUCGUCAUUGAAGAUUAUGACGAUGACUCGCCACCAUCUACGCCACUUCCUGCCACUCUGAUACGUACAUUGCUUCUCUCUGUCACGGUGCCCACCGCACCUAGUCGGCUAACACCCUUUCCCAUACCUCCGCAAUCUCCGCUCCUGCCUGCUCUGACACGGACUCACGAUUCUUUCACGUAUCCAACAAUCACUCUGCUCCCUAAUCUGCCCAUUCUGCACUUCCCACCGGACCUGGUAACCUUCCUCGCGAUCUCUCAACCUCUAAUCAUCGUGUCUAUCACCAUUUCUACGACGAUAUGUGCGGGUUUUCGGCCUACCUCCACGCUCGAAUCCCUCCCUCCCUCCGAAGCACGGGUCAUUGUAUGUCCCGACAUUGGGGAACUCGAAGUAGAGGGCAAGAGCGGCGAGGUAUGCAGGUCUGGAUUGUUCCUCACUUCAAGUUUCUCCGUGUGCUGGUAAUGUGUAGACCGGGACUGGCACUGGUUAAACCAAUGGAAGAAGCCCUCGACGAGAGUUUCCCUCUCCCGAAAUGAGCCAGAACGCGCUCUAUGUCUUCGACGAUCAGUUCCUCCAGCCAUUUGAUGGUAACCAGUAAUGAGC